CUGCUCAAAAGUUACAAAUCUCAACCAAAAAAAAAAAAUUAAAAAAAUCCGGCUUUUACGUCAACUCCAACUAACGAAAUCUUCAAGGUUGGCGAUUCCGGCAUUUUCCAACCUUAUUCCUUUCCAAUCGCCGAUCUCAGAAAAAAUUCUCAUUCCAUAACACCACCUGAUAUUUGCUGUUGUAUAUGAAGCCCAAAGAAUAAAUAAUUCGAGGUAAAUCACUCUCUUUUGUUGUGAUUUAUACAAAAUCCCGAUUGAUUAACUCGGGAUCUAUAUGAUAUGGACGUAAGUAAAUUUAAACUAUGGCGUCUGCUACUUAUUGUUGGAAGUUUUUGUCAUUUGAUCCGGUUUUCCGUUUCGGAUCCGGGUUCGGGGUGCCCGAAAACCCACAGUGCAUCUCUCAUGAACUUCACAUACCAGUUUUCUAUGGCACAGCAUCAAUUACGUGGUGUGAUUAAUGUAAUAGACGAUUGCUCGUUUAAAGUUAGCCAAUUUGAUAUGCUUGAGGGGUCUGAUGUGCGUUGGUGGGGUGCGGUGGGUCCCCAUUUGGAAAACCUCACGAAGGGUUUUGUAAUAUCCGAGCAGAAUUUGAAUAAAACUUAUAAAAGUGAUGGAUUUGUUGUGAAAUUGAUGAAGAAUGUGACGUGGGAUGAUAUAAAUGUGCUUGCGGUAUGGGAUCUUCCCAUGGCGUCGGAUUUUGGGCACGUAGUGCUGAGGAAUUUGACGAAUGGGACUGAGUUUUUAGCUCCUUUGCCGAGUUCCGUUAAUGGGACGGUGAUUAAGGGAAAUGGGAUGCCUACAAUGUUUAAUAAUUGUAAGGUGUUAGCUGAUAAUUACAGGGUUAGGUGGACUCUGAAUGAGGAAGAUGAUGUGGUUGAGAUUGGAUUAGAGGCAGCAAUAGGGUUCUUGACUUACAUGGCAUUCGGGUGGGCGAAUCCGAAUGCUUCGAGUAGUUUUAUGAUUGGUGGUGAUGUUACUGUCACGGGGUUUAAGGAGGAUUUAUCGCCAUUCGCUGAUGAUUAUUUCAUUACUAAGUAUAGCGAGUGUAUGAUUAGCAAGGAUGGGAGGGUUGAGGGUGUUUGUCCUGAUACAAUAUAUGAAGGGUCUGAUCCUGUCGGGUUAGUGAAUAAUACGAGGUUGGUUUAUGGGCAUAGGAGGGAUGGUGUAUCUUUUAUUAGGUUUAGGAGGCCGUUGAAGUCCAUUGAUACAAAGUAUGAUUUGGCAUUGAAUCAAAAGGCUACGAUGAGAGUGAUAUGGGCUUUAGGUUUGAUAAAACCUCCGGAUAGUCUUCGCCCUUUUUAUCUUCCACAGAACCAUGGUGGUAGUUACGGGCACUUGACUCUUAAUAUCUCGGAACAUGUUGAUGAUUGCUUGGGUCCGCUGGAUGCGGAAGAUAAACAAGAUCAAGACCUUGUCAUCGCAGAUAAAAAAGAACCACUUGUUGUUUCAACAGGUCCAGCUGUGUAUUACCCGAAUCCUCCAAACCCUUCAAAGGUCCUUUAUAUCAACAAGAAAGAGGCACCUCUUCUCAGGGUAGAGAGGGGUGUUCCAGUGAAGUUUUCAAUUCAGGCUGGGCAUGAUGUUGCAUUCUAUAUAACAUCAGAUCCACUUGGUGGGAAUGCCACAUUAAGGAAUAUCUCUGAGACUAUCUACUUUGGGGGCCCUGAAGCACAAGGAGUUCAAGCCAGUCCAACGGAAUUAACUUGGGCUCCUGAUCGGAACACGCCAGAUUUAGUUUACUAUCAGUCUCUAUAUGCUAAGAAAAUGGGGUGGAAAGUUCAAGUGGUAGAUGCAGGUUUGCCUGAUAUGUAUAAUAACAGUGUUGUUCUGGAUGAUCAGCAGGUUACUUUCUUUUGGACGUUGGCUGAAAAUUCAAUCUCCAUUGCAGCUCGAGGGGAGAAGAAGAGUGGUUAUUUGGCAAUUGGUUUUGGCCGCGGUAUGGUGAAUAGUUAUGCUUACGUGGGAUGGGUUGAUGACACUGGUAAAGGCAAGGUAAGCACAUACUGGAUUGAUGGAACAGAUGCUUCCAGUAUUCACCCAACAAAUGAGAAUCUGACACACGUAAGAUGCAAGUUAGAGAAUGGCAUUGUUACUAUGGAAUUCACCCGUCCACUACGUCCAUCCUGCGAGGAUGAUAAACCAGAAUGCAAAAAUAUUGUUGAUCCUACGACACCACUGAAAGUCAUCUGGGCCAUGGGUGCUCAAUGGUCAGAUGACCAUCUGAGCGUGAGAAAUAUGCACUCCGUCACAAGUAGCAGGCCUAUCAGGGUGCUGCUCAUGCGUGGUUCUGCAGAGGCAGAGGAGGAUUUACGGCCAGUGUUAGCUGUACAUGGGUUUAUGAUGUUUCUGGCUUGGGGAAUAUUGCUGCCAGGUGGAAUUUUGGCAGCUAGAUACUUGAAACAUGUAAAAGGAGAUGGGUGGUUUCAGAUUCAUGUUUAUCUACAGUAUUCGGGAUUAGCAAUUGUCUUCCUUGGCUUUCUCUUUGCUGUUGCCGAACUUCGCGGUUUGAGUUUUAGCUCCCUACACGUCAAGUUUGGAAUGUUGGCCAUAGUUCUUUGUAUUGCACAACCUGUCAAUGCAUACUUACGACCUAAGAAACCUGAGGCAGGGGAGGAGCUUUCUUCGAAACGGCGUCUUUGGGAGUACAUCCAUGUCAUUGUAGGCAGGGGUGCCAUUGUUGUUGGGGUUGCAGCACUUAUAACUGGAAUGAAGCAUUUAGGAGAGAGGUAUGAUGAUGAAGAUGUUCACAGGCUCAUGUGGGCUUUAAUUCUGUGGUUUCUUGUUGGUGCUUUGACAGUGAUGUACCUGGAGUAUCGUGAGAGGAAGAGAAGGCGGGAUAGAAUAUCCGGCAGAAGCAAUUGGGUUCUGGGUAGUGGUGAGGAGGAGGACAUUGACCUCCUCAGUCCAAGCCAGGCAAUGGCAGAGAAAGACUCACGGUCCUCUGAUCGCAUGGAGGUUCAGCUAGAACCAAUAAGCAGAUAGAGAUUCGCAUAUAGGCAUGUUUGUAAAUCUGUUAUCACAAAUUUUGGGGUUGUUUCUAGUCCAACAGUUGCCUGUUUUGAUCGCAAGGAUUGUUGUUGAUAAAGAUCUACAUAUUACUAUAUCCCAUGAGAUUGGUUCUGUUCCAACUUUUGGGUCCCGGAGAGGAGAACUCAGCUGCCUGUAUUGAUCCCAGCAACGUUUAUCGAGGUAGUUCUAACUAGGAGACAGCAAAUUGUUAUAUUGUGUACAUUAGUGAUGUACGGUUAAGUUCAUACUUCUUAGAAUGGAUUUGAACUAUGUUCCUCCACCCUGUGUCUAAAUUGAAAAAGAAACAAUGAGAAAUAGGAUAAAACGGAAUUAUGCGGGUAGGUACAAACAAAUUUAUGUUGCAUUUCAGUUUUUCUUCAUGCAGUAUACUGAUUGUUCGGGCAUUUUGUUGCAAUUUCAGUGAUAUUUGAAUCCA